GUGCAGCUACCUUAAAUGCGGGCAGCACAGUAAAUGUAAAAUAAUUCGCGCAGCCUGUAGCGACGCUUCGCUUUAGAAGACUCGCCCAUCACGUCAAUACUUGACGCAACAAAACCGCCGGCAGCGCGGUUUUGUUCGCUUAACAAUGAAGGGAUGUUUAUUCCAACUUCACGCGUCUUAUCUCUUGGCGAUCUUGGCCGUCUCAGCCGCAGAUCGCUCCUGCAAUGACGGCAACACCCUCUUCGACAUCGGGCUAGCGAAGGUGCUAAGCAUGCCAUCCUUCGACGCGUUUCCACUGGAAGAUAUUCGGCGCACAUUCACGAAGAUAUUUGACUUCCGUGUACGUCUGUCCCAAGGGAAGCUGUACGGCUUGUCGAACCUGAAACGAUGGGAGCGCAGUUACAUCAACGCCACCGACAGCGGCAUCACAGCCCACUUCAAGAUCGACGGGGGUCCGCUCGCCGUGACGUACACGGGAACCGUCAACUCUAUACCCGUAGACGCCCGCGUAAAAGUGACCAUCUACAUUCCCAGGAUCGAGCUCUUCAUCUACGCCGAAGAGUAAGUAUGUCC